AUGCUGAAAGCCAGCACCGUUGAAGAAAUUUUUGCGGCCUUGAAUUCCCUUCGAGAGACAAGGGAUCGGACAUCCGCCAACGAUCCAGAAAUCGACCAGCAUCUAAGAAUAGUGCAGCUAGUACAGCAUCUUUUACAGGUCGAGAACCAACCCAUUACGCCUUUUAUUUACGAGUGUCUAAUGGACGCCAUGGCUCAUCGACGAGGCUCCGUCGAUGGUGUCCGCCGAUUGCUUGUCGACAUGGCUGAGCAGGGGAUAAAGCCAACGGCGGAAUUAUGCAACAGCGCCCUGAGAGCGCUGAUGAAUCAUCCGGAUUACAUGUUGCGCCAAGAUAUUUUAAAUAUCAUGCAGGAGUACUGGUUUACAAUUGAUACGCCAUUGAAGCAGACGGUUAUAGUGGGAAUGCUCAGAGAUGAGCAAUACGAGCUGGCGUAUGCAAGGUUAACGGAGCUGAUUGAGCAAGGGGCCAGAAUCGACCCCUGGGUCUACGACAUAUUCAUUCUAGUGUUUGGGAAGCUUAGAUUUCUGGAUGAAAUGUUGCAGCUUUUGUAUAGGCGCAAGAACAUUGGCGGCAGCACUGAUCCAACGGUCAUCACCUUGACGUACUACGCAUUGGACAUGUGCAGCCAGGCAUAUCACCAUGCGGGGACGUUGUUUGGCUGGCUCUCGGUGGUGCAAAAUCACCUCGUACAACCCUCAGACGGCAUUAUAGAAAAUGUGCUGGGAACUGCGGCUAGAAAUGCAGACGCGCAGUUGGCGACCGAGGCGCUGGAUCUGAUAUCUCAGCGAACAAGGGCUCAAUCUCACCACUACGAGGCCGUCGUGGAGGCUUUUAUUGGUAGUGGAGACCUCGCAGCGGCGAUUCGAACUCUCUGCAUUAUGAGAGAUAGCGGUAUACGAAUAUCACGCGCCAAUACCAGACCUAUUUACAAAACGCUGAUGAGCCGUCCAGAGCUCUUGGAGGGAGCCGAGGAGGUGGUCCGAGAGGCAGCCCGUGCUCGCCCAGUUCACAGAGCGAUUGUAGCUGUUGUGAUUGAUUCAAUAGCGCAGAUUCACGGCAGCGAAAAAGCUUUACCCUUAUACCGAGAUCUGCCAACGCUCUGUGGCGCGGAAUCGCUCAAUGCAACCAUGGCACAGGAUCUCAUCAUCUACAGCGCCGAGGAGGCCACCGCUGAACUCCUCACAAAGGAGUACAAGGAUCACGUUGCAGAAAACCAAGACCCAAUUCGGAACGUUUCGACAUACAACCUCUUGAUUACGAAGUGUGCAGAAGCAGGUGAGAUGGACCUAGCGUUUCGGUUUACGAAACAAGCCAUGGCCGCCGGCAUCACAAAGAGCCGAUCCUCUAGAUGGAUCAGUGCCUUAGUCGAGCAGGCAAUUACGAGAGAAGACAGUCGGAUUUGGCCUGUAGUUGAUUCACUCCUUAGCUCAGGCGAAGAGGAUACGAGGAAGAUGGUGCGCAGGAUUCUACAACAGAAGCGAAUUUCGAAGCUAGCCUCACAGUGGAAGGCAAAAAGCCUACAACCGCAGCGCCCUGCCCUGAACUGA